AAAUUAGUAGAGAGUUCAAACUUGGUCUUAUUAUUGUGGAACUGCAGUUAUAAGACAAAAACCUGAUAUGAACUGAUGUAAAAUGUGGACAUAUUUCAUCAACAGCAGCGAUUUGACUAUAUGAAGAACAGCAAAGCUGCCUCUCUCUCUCUGUCUCUCUCUGUAGUAUUGUAUUAGUGUGAAUGUGUAGGAGGAGAUAAAGAGAUAAAGAUGGCGACUGCAAGAAACAAUGAGUUUAAACUCUUUGUUCCCCCUCAAAGAGAGUAUCAGUCUCGCUCUGCGGUCACUCUCUCCUGUCACCUUUCUCCUAAAAUCAGUGCUGUUGCCAUGGAGAUCAGGUGGUUUAAGGGGACGGACUGUGUUUGUCUCUAUAAGAACGGGCAGGUGACAGAGGGGAGGGGUUACGAGGGCAGAGUGAGUCUGUUCACUCAGGAGCUGCAGAGAGGAAACGCCUCCUUACAGAUCAGAGACUUCGGAAGCUCAGAUUUUGGAGAUUAUCUGUGUCAGGUCACCAAUGGAGACAAAACAGAGGAGUGUACACUAGGAAUAGGAAUGGUAGCGAAGGGUAAGUAUUCCAGAAGUUCACCUACAUAAACAUCAACAUCAUCAUCAGCGUUUCAUCUCAGAAUGAAAGAUGAAAAGACAAGAGUCAGUAUUUAAAUUCCUAUGCAGCUAGUGCACUGUG